AUGGACCAUAACACAGCAUGCUUUGGAGUUUUUGUUUACACCACAAUCGAUGGAACGUUCUGCUGCUUGGCGUCAACUUUCUUCAACGAUUACGGAACUCCAACUCGGAUCAACACCGUCAAAGUGCUAGUCAAAAACGUUCCGGACUUUACCGCUUCCCGGGAAAAGAACGAUCUGGGCGUCCUGACGUUCGAUCUCAAGGUUGUUCAACUGGAGCGUGAAGCAGCUAUUCAUAACCCAUCGUUGACACCGGCAAUCAUCAGAAAACCGAUCAUCCGCGGGAUUGUUCAACCUGAGCUUAUCCUCGACGAGCGCACAAGCCAGUAUUGUUUCUGGAAGCAACAGCAGGGUCGGUUAGGAUAG